UGCGCUGCUUCUUCCGAGUCGGAAAUGUUCUGCUGAUUCCGUUCGUUCAAAUACCAAAGCGUCUCACAAUGAACGUUUUUUCAGUGUCAUCAUGGCAGGUUUUCAUGUGCCUCGGUGUUCUACUUGGUCAAGGUAAUUGCUGUAACCAUGGCUGGCUAAGGUUUGGAAACAAUUGCUACAAGAUUUUUCAAAAUUCUGCGUUAACCUCUUCCAUUUCAAGGUUAAAAUGCUACACGGAAGGAGCGGAACUGAUUUCUCUAUCAUCAUUUGAUGUCUGGAAUUUCUUUUCAACACAUGUUGAACAUCUUGACAUUGACCACAUUUGGGUUGGUUUAAGACUUUUCCUAAACAGCAGCUUGGUAUGGGACGACGGAACACCAGCAAACGAUCAACGAUGGGUUACUGCAGGGACGGACAUGAAACACAGAGCUUUUCUCUCACGUACAUAUGACCCAUUGUCUUGUUACGCAUACAACAAGUCGAAUAAAACGGUGACUUCAGACUGGUGUUUUUACCGUUAUUCCUAUGCUUGUGUUCGUAACCUUACCAUAGAUAUAACCAAUGAGCAAUGCAGUUUGUUAUUUGGUCAGCAUUCCUUCACCGGGGAAUCAACAGGACACUGCAUUUUCAAGUAUCCUACGCCAGCUAUGUUCUCCCAAAGAGAUGAGAAAUGUGGAGUCAAAAGUGGAACUUUCAUAGAUCUUGAUGAACUUUUGCGAGAUGGGUUGACCAACUUCCACGAAAAACAAAUGUUGACAAACGACGGGUCCAAAUACUGGACAGCAAUGACUAUGCACAAUGGAGAACUUUAUUCCUGGGGAAAUGGAGAAAUUUUGGAUCCUGAACUGAAAGAAAAUUUGCCGUUUCACAAUGGAAGCGGUGACUGUGUAACUGUGCAGUUCAAUUUCUCGGAUACUCUCGAGGUUCAUCUUCAUCAGACUGAUUGCUCGGAAGAAAAUUAUGUCCUCUGCUCUGCUCUUUCCCCACUGCAGACGGCAACUCUUCCACCAACGACAACAGCCAAAAUGCUUCUUUGUCCUCGUGGUCACAACUGGAAGGUUUUAGCACAGUCUGAUUAUUGCUAUUGGGAAACCUCUUAUGAGACAAGUAAGAUGUCAUGGGAUGAAGCAAGAGUUUUUUGCAGCGCGUUUGGCGGAAAUUUGGCGAGUUUUCAUAACAUGGAUGAAGAAAGAGUUGGUCUGAGUUUUCAAUAUGGCUCUCUAAAUCAUCCUUAUUGGAUUGGAUUAAGUCUUGACCCUGAUACUGGAGAUUACCGUUGGAGCGAUGGAAGUCCUUUGGACUACCAAAAUUGGGCCCCCGGGCACCCAGACGACAAGGACAAAACUCUCAAGUGUGUAGCUAUGGACGCCAAAAACAAACACUGGGUUUCCAGUUUAUGUGGAGUGAGAAGUUGGUUUGUCUGCAAAGCACCGAAGCAGGUCAAUCUUACUACGCCUGUCUUGCCGACAAAAAUACCUCUGACGGCUUGUGAGGGAGGCACUCGUUCCCACCACUUUGACAGCCACUGCUACUUUGUUCACAAUGAAACGUACUCUUGGCACAGAGCUCGGCAAUAUUGCGAAGACAAAGGAUAUUCAAUUGCAUCCGUUCACAACACUGAUGAGCUUGAGUUUUUGCUUAAAUUGGUAUAUGAGGAACAUAACUCCGGCAGUCUCCAAUUAUGGAUCGGAUUAAACUCGUUGACUUCUGAUACAUUUGAGUGGGAGGAUGGCACACCGGUCGAUUUUACCUUCUGGAAUGACGGCCAGCCUAAAGACUACAAAUUGAAGAAAUGUGCGAAUAUGCACUACAUAGACGCUGUAUGGCAGCUUGAAAACUGUAAUGUUCGUCUGAGCUUCAUAUGUAAAAGAAGACACAACACUGCGCAUACUGUUCCAGUAAAACCAACCAAGCCGGUACCACUAACUGGAAAUUGUAAAAAAGGAUGGGUUCCUCACCAUGAUACAUGUUACCUGGUUGUGGGAGCAAGACAUCAAGAAAGAGCGAAUUGGUCAGAAGCUGUAGCCAAUUGCAAUGCAAGAGGUGGUUAUUUGGUUUCCAUUCGGCAUUACGAAGAUCAAACGUUCCUAGCGUACUUGCUGCAAGACCUUAAAGACGAUGCGUGGAUAGGUCUGGUUGACGUCAUAGUAAGUGGAGCAUACUAUUGGAUCGACAAUUCAGAGCUAAUUUACACUAAUUGGGCACCAGGAGAGCCAUCUUUCAAAGCUAUGAAGGAGAAUUGCGUGAAAAUGGUUUACAAUGACCGUAAGAGUGGUGUGUGGAAAGAUGAUAACUGCAGCAAAAAGCUUCCUUAUAUCUGCUACAUGAGAAAAGAUCCAAAACUACCAGAUCCAGGUUACCAGCGUGGUAUUGGCUGCUUGCAUCCAGAGGGAUGGCUUCGCCUAGACACACAAUGUUUUAAAUUAUUCACAGCUCCCCUUUUGUCGUGGGUAGAAGCGGAGCGUAACUGUAGAAGACAUGGCGCUCAUCUCAUCUCCGUGAGUGACUUUUCUGUGCAAACUGUUGCAGCUUUUCUGGGAGCAGAAAUCCAUAGCAGCAUAUGGACUGGACUUCAGUAUCAUAAGAAAAAUCAAAAGUUCUGGUGGUUGAAUGGUGCUUCUAUGACUACUUCUAUGUGGGCUGUUGAUGAACCCGCCACAGCACAGCUAAAUUCUGAAGAGCUUAAUUGCUUUGAAAGUACAUUUAGUGGACACUGGAAAACAGGCAACUGUUCUGAAACACUACCUUACAUUUGUCAGAUAUCAACCGUUAAACCCUCUAUUGUUAAAAGGUACGCCGGAAACUGCCCCAACACAUCAAAUUUAUGGUUAUCAACAGAUAGCAGCUAUUGUUACAUUGCAGAUCCUGAAGACAAGACAGAUGCUUACACUGCCCUCAGCAGAUGUCUAAUGUUUGGUAGUAAUUUGAUUAGUCUCCACAAUUUAGAAGAGGUUCCUUUACUGAAGAAGAGUCUACCCGCAGAGAUAAAGUCCUUUUACAUUGGGCUAAUGAAGACAUCAGAAGAUAGCUUCAGGUGGACUGACUCGAGUCCUGUCGAUUUUGUGAAUUGGGCCCCAGGUCAACCGGAAAACAGUACUGAAGAGUGCGUGGAAGCUUUCGGAGACGAUCUAAAAUGGAAGGUUGUACCUUGUGCACAUGCGAAGAACUUUGUAUGCGCAUCUAAAAAGGAUCAUGAGAUCAAUUCACCCGAAAGCAGUGGAUUACAAAGUGAAUCUCCUGCCUCAGUGUCUACGGCAGCAUUGUGUGGAAUUAUAUUUUUCUUGACGUUAGCGGUACUAGUGGUUGCAGCAGCUGUCUUUUACUACAAACCACUGGGCAAGAGUAGGUUCCGUAUUUUCCAGAAACAGUCCCAAAGUAUGAGCUUCGAAAAUGCGCUCUAUAGUGUGAAUACAGCUAACUUGGAAUUUCAAAAGGAAGACUCCGGACUGUAGGAGUGAAACAGACUAUUUAUGAAAUUGAAUUUGUACAGUUGGAUUUAAUAAAAGCAGUUUUAU